GUGCCGGCGUGGGGACAUGCCCGGGGACAUGCGCCCGCUGCGGGCCCUGCUGUGCCUCUGGCUGGUGGCCCGGGCAGCCCUGGGCUCCCGGGUCCGCACCCGCCGGGAGCUGGGCCCCGGCUUGUACCAGAACGGGGUCUACGACGCCGGGGGGUCCUACUGCCAGCGGGGGGACGUCUGCUGCCGCGGCCGCGACGACGGCUGCACAGUGCCCUACCACGACACCCUCUGCUACUGCGACCUCUUCUGCAACCGCACCGUCUCCGACUGCUGCCCCGACUUCUGGGAAUACUGCCUGGGCAUCCCAGCCCCCUUCCCCAAAGCUCAAGGCUGUGCCCGUGCCGGACUCAACUAUCCCACCGGAGCUACGUACCGGGAGAACUGCAACCUGUGCACCUGCGGCCCUGGUGGGCAGUGGCAGUGUGAGGACCACGCCUGCCUGAUGGAUGGGGAGCUGAUCGACGCCGUCAACAGGGGCAAUUAUGGCUGGAGAGCCACCAACUACAGCCAGUUCUGGGGCAUGACCCUGGAGGACGGGAUCCGGCACCGCCUGGGCACCUUCCGUCCCUCUGCCACCGUCAUGAACAUGAACGAGAUGCACAUGAACAUGGACUCCAACGAGGUGCUGCCGCGACACUUCGAUGCCGCCGCAAAGUGGCCCGGGAUGAUCCACGGGCCCCUGGACCAGGGGAACUGCGCCGGGUCCUGGGCUUUCUCCACGGCGGCCGUGGCCUCGGAUCGAAUCUCCAUCCACUCCAUGGGACACAUGACCCCCGCCCUGUCCCCACAAAACCUGCUGUCCUGUGACACCCGAAACCAGCGGGGCUGCAGCGGGGGGAGGCUGGACGGGGCCUGGUGGUACCUCCGCAGGAGAGGGGUGGUGACAGACGAGUGCUACCCCUUCACGAGCCAGCAGAGCGAGCCGGGCCCGCAGCCCUGCAUGAUGCACAGCCGCUCCACGGGCCGGGGCAAGCGGCAGGCGACGGCGCGGUGCCCCAACCCCCGCACCCGCUCCAACGAGAUCUACCAGUCCACCCCCCCGUACCGCCUCUCCUCCAGCGAGAAGGAGAUCAUGAAGGAGCUGCUGGAGAACGGCCCCGUGCAAGCCAUCCUGGAGGUGCACGAGGAUUUCUUCAUGUACAAGAGUGGGAUCUAUCGGCACACACCGGUGGCUGAGGGGAAGGGGCCAAAGCACCAGAGACACGGGACCCACUCAGUCAAAAUCACUGGGUGGGGAGAAGAGCAGCUGCCUGAUGGCCAGACCCAAAAAUACUGGACGGCGGCCAACUCGUGGGGCACGGCGUGGGGCGAGGACGGCCACUUCCGCAUCGCCCGCGGCGUCAACGAGUGCGAGGUGGAGACCUUCGUGGUGGGGGUCUGGGGCCGCGUCAGCACGGAGGACAUGCCCCACAAGUGAGCCCCCCGCUGCCCACGGCCCCCCAGCCCCACGCCCGUGUCCUCGUCCCCAGCACCACAGCCCCUCCGUCCCCUCCUG